AUGUGCUUCAUAGGAAGAACCGGGGCAUCAUCUGCUGCAAGCUGGAUCUGGAGGAGGAUGCUGCGGCAAGUGAUACACAGAGGGCUGAAAUCUUCCUUCUACUGGCUUGGUUUGUUCGUGAGCAGGCAUCCGGUGUUCUUCCUCACCGUCCCCGCAGUCCUGACCAUCAUUUUCGGAUCCACGGUGCUGAGCCGGUUUAAGCCCGAGACGGACCUGGAGAUCCUGGUCGCCCCGACGCACAGCCUCGCGAAGAUCGAGCGGAGUCUCGCCAACAGCCUCUUCCCCAUCGACCAGUCGAAGCACAAGCUGUACUCGGACCUGCACACCCCCGGCAGAUAUGGCAGACUCAUCCUGCUGGCCAAAUCCGGGGGAAAUAUCCUGGAACUGGCCGAGCAGGUGCUCCAGGUGCACAAGAAGGUCCUGGAUAUGCGUGUCAAUUAUAAAGGCUUCAAUUACACUUUCGCGCAUCUCUGUGUCCUGAGCCACCGGGACAAGAGAUGCCUCCUGGAUGAUAUCAUCACCAUAUUCGAAGACAUUCGCUUAGCUGUUCUGUCCAACAGCACUUUUGCCAAGGUCCCCGUGAGCUAUCCGAAUACAACAUUAAAGGAUGGUCGAGUGUCCUUUAUUGGCCAUCAGCUGGGUGGCGUGGCCUUGCCUGCAAACAGCCGGGAUCAACAGGUCAAGUUUGCUCGCGCCAUCCAAAUCACCUACUACCUCCGCAACCUUGGGCCAGUGGUGCAGGACAUCAUUUCUGAGAAGUGGGAGAGUGAAUUCUGUAAGCUAGUGCACCAGCUGGCUACAGACAGCCAGGAACUACACAUCCAGUCACUUACGUCCUUCAGCUUAUGGCGGGACUUCCACAAGACAGGCGUGCUGGCCAAGAGCGAGGUACUGGUCAGCUUGGUGCUGGUGCUCCUGGCAGCCACCAUCUCCAGCUCUAUGCGGGACUGUUUGCGCGGGAAACCCUUCCUGGGCCUGUUGGGCGUCCUCACCAUCUGCAUCGCCAACGUGACGGCAGCUGGGAUUUUUUUCAUCUCUGAUGGGAAAUUUAACUCUACUCUGCUUGGGAUCCCCUUUUUUGCCAUGGGCCAUGGAACAAAAGGUGUGUUUGAGCUUCUGGCAGGCUGGAGAAGAACCAGAGAGAGUUUACCCUUCAAGGAGAGAGUGGCGGAUGCAUUCGCCGACGUGAUGGUGUGCUACACCAUGACUAGCUCGCUCUAUAUUAUCACCUUCGGCAUGGGUGCCAGCCCUUUCACCAACAUAGAAUCCGUGAAGGUUUUCUGCCAGAGCAUGUGUGUAGCAAUCUUGGUGAACUACUUCUACGUAUUCUCAUUCUACGGCUCCUGCCUGGUGUUUGCCGGGCAGCUGGAGCAAAAUCGCUAUCACAGCGUCUUCUGCUGCAAGAUCCCCUCGGUGGAGUAUCUGGACCGCCAGCCCACUUGGUUCAAGACCAUGAUGAGUGAUGGCCACGAUUUGUCAACGCACCACGACAGCAUACCGUACCAGAACCACUUCAUUCAACACUUCCUAAGGGAGCAUUACACAGAAUGGAUUACCAACACGUACGUCAAGCCAUUUGUGGUUAUCCUCUACCUGAUUUACGCCUCCUUUUCUUUCAUGGGAUGUUUACAAAUCAGCGACGGCUCUAACAUAAUUAAUCUGCUAGCUAGUAAUUCGCCCAGUGUGUCAUUCGCCCUGACCCAACAGAAAUACUUUAGCAACUACAGUCCAGUGAUCGGGUUUUACAUCUACGAACCCAUUGAGUAUUGGAACGCCACGGUACAGGAGCACCUCAAGACGCUGGGCCAGGGCUUUAAUAAGAUUUCAUGGAUCGAUAAUUACUUUCACUAUCUGAGGGUCGUGAAUGUCAGUGCGUCAACCAAAAGUGAUUUCAUCAACAUCCUCAAGACUUCUUUUCUGAGGAGCCCAGAAUAUCAACACUUUGUGGACGACAUCAUUUUCUCCAAAAACGGAGACGAGUACGACAUCAUUGCAUCCAAGAUGUACUUGGUGGCCAGGACGACUGAGAAGACCAGGGAGGAGGUCGUGGAGCUGCUAGAGAGACUUCGACCUCUCUCCCUCAUAAACAGCAUCAAGUUCAUCGUUUUCAAUCCGACGUUCGUGUUCAUGGACCGCUACAGUUCCUCCAUCAUCUCCCCCAUCCUAACGUCGGGUUUCAGCGUGCUCACAAUUCUCAUCCUCACCUUCUUCCUGGUCAUUAACCCACUGGGGAACUUCUGGUUGAUUUUGACUGUCACCUCCGUGGAACUGGGCGUCUUGGGUCUCAUGACGCUCUGGAAUGUAGACAUGGACAGCAUCUCAAUCCUGUGCCUUAUUUAUACUCUCAACUUUGCCAUGGAUCACUGUGCCCCCCACCUCUACACGUUCGUACUGGCCACUGAGCAUACGCGGACUCAGUGCAUCAAGAUCUCUUUAGAGGAGCAUGGGGCCGCCAUUUUGCAGAACACCUCGUGUUUUGUAAUUGGGAUAAUGCCUCUUCUCUUUGUGCCUUCUAACCUGACCUACACACUGUUCAAGUGCUCCCUUCUCACUGCAGGCUGCACAGUGCUGCACUGUUUCGUCAUCCUACCGGUGUUUUUGACAUUCUUUCCACCCUCUAAGAAGCGGCACAAGAAAAAGAAACGCGCCAAACGGAAAGAGCGGGAAAGAGAGAGGGAGCGGGAGAGGGAGAGAGAGGAAAUCGAGUGCAUCGAAGUCAGGGAAAACCCGGACCACGUGACCAAUGUUUGAUUGAAAGAUGUGUGUGAACGUAAGUGGUAAGAAAUCAGCUCCCGUACACUAGGGGGCGACAUCAGGCAGCACUUCACAGAUCCAGAGGUGGCCAAGUAUGGCACUCUCGCCCCUGGGGUGACCCUCACGACCCCAGCAAUCAACAACAGUGCUGUCCAGAGUUAAAAACCCCUUCUCACUCAUUUCUUGUGUACCCUUCAUCUAAAACAGUGUAUAACAUCUGCAGCUGCUAGCUGAUGUUAGCCGUUAAUGAAAGGUUUGCGAAGGAAGGUUGUCUGUAUACAUGAACUAAUACAAAAGACCUAAAAAGAAGGCCUCCAAAAAUGUUAUGAGCAUGAAUCUAAGCAGGUGGGUUCCUGCUUAUUUUCGAUCUCUAGGGGUAUCCUCGAGGGUAUUCAUAUAUGUUUUGUAAGAGCAGAUAUCACAACAAGUCCAUUUGCUCUUAUUUAGCACCAACACAAUUCUGUUUGAUCACUCUGUGUUUUUCUAAAUGUUAUGCACCUCACGUUCCUCCAGCCUUGUGCUUACAUAAUUAAUCGAGACCAACUCUGUUUAAAAAUAACUAUGUGAAAAAUAGUAGCGAAAGGAAGUAGCAAGUUUUCAGCGUCCAUCAAAUUAUGCAGCACUCUCCUACAAAUAACCCUUGGCAUGCAUUUAUCACAAAUGUCCUGUAGCAAAUCUAAUAGUGUGUUUGCAGUUUCUCUGGUAGCAGUUAUUUAGACAUAUUCACUGAGACUCCCCCAGAGAGGUCCCACCUUAUACCUGGAAAAUAUCCUCCAAGCAAACCAUUAAUGAUCAGUAGAAUGAAACAUUAAGAAUUGCAAAAGGGGGUUUUCUCCUUUAAAUGUUCAGUGAAAGUAGAUUUGUCAAAGCUGACAUUUUGCUGAAAUCCAGACUGUAAUUUGUCUUACUCUUCCGGGUAAAUAAACAGUGUCUGAAGGUGCAUUGUGUGGAGACCACCGACAUGAAUCACUAAAAUGUUUUGCAUAUAAUAUUAAACUGCAUAUGCCAUUUAAAAAAGGUUUUCCAGUACACCCAAGUGGCACAUUCAUGAGAAAAGAGACUUGUAGCAUGUCUUAAAGCUGCAUUGAUAUGAUCUGUUUGUGUACUUGCUUGUGUGUUUGUUUGUUUGUUUGUUACAAAACCACAAAUCUGGUCAUGCACCUGUUCAUGUAGCUAAACUGAGCAAUGACAAAGAUGAGAAAGGUUUCCUUUCUGUUGUAUUGUUAUUUUGCACAUUAGGCAGAUUCACUGACGGCUGUCGUCUAAAAAUAUACAGUAUGUGUCAAAUCACAAGAGUGGAUAUUGUUUUUGAGUGUAGCAUGUGUUUUGUCUGUAUUUGUGUGUUUUUGCGGAGAUGAGCAGUGCAGAUGGUAUACACUGUGCUUAUGUUGAAGACAUAUCUUGCACAAAUCAAUAUAUCACGGUACAUUCUGGUGGAAAUGAGUAUGUCUGUUAUGUUAGAAGUGUCAGUUCUCUUGUGCACAGGAAUAUUAGGCAUUGCACCAGGUGAUGUUGUGCAUUAGCAAAGUAGUCGAUCCAGACAGUUUUGAUCUGUGAGUUAUUUUAUGCAUCACAAUUACAUAUAGCACCAGUCAAACCUGUUGGUAGCUCUAAAGAUGCAACACAAAAGAUAAUAUGGAAAAUGUAAAAAAUAGAUAGUUUACCCAAAAAUAAUUUACUCACUCUCAUGUCAUUCCAACCAUAUGACUUUCUAUUGUCUGCAGAAUACAUGUUUCCAAGAUGUUUUUUGUCAAUACAAUGAGGUACAAAAUGGAACGAAAUGAGGUUGAGUAAAAAUUGACAGAAUUGACAGAAUCAUUGUUGGGUGAACUGCCCUUUUAAUGUGAAAGUUCUGAAAUGAACUGUUUAGAUGGAGGCAAAAAUCAGCAGCUCUUUGCUUUUUGCCGGUCUUACUCUCCCCACGCCUGCAUCCCGGAAACAUUUUGGCUAAUGUUCUAAUAAUCACAAAUUAAAAAUAUUUAGUAUAAAUAUUUCAUCAAACUCUGAUUGUCCUAAUCAGCAGUGUAUAGGUGUAAUCAAAGUAAUUAUAUCCUUAUCUCAUUCAGCAACAAACUGUUCUCAUGCUUGCCAUGUUUCCAUUGGUUCAGUUGUAGAUUCGAAUGGAUUCUAGGUCAGUCGUUGCAAUGUAUGCCUCAAAAUAGACUGCCUACCAAAAAAAGUUGAAUUUGAACCCAAAAAUGUUUUUUAGAAAUAUUGCUAGCUUUUGUCCUGCUGCGUAUACUGUAUUUAGUAAUUUCAUGAUCAUUGGACUGUUCGAAACGCAUGUGGUAGCCAGAGCCUUACUGAUCCAGUCAAACAGCUGGGUUCAUUGAGAGUCAUUCCAAAGGCAGAUGGCCUCUCACUGGGGAAGGUUUCGUUGACUAGAGUUUACUUGAGAGGUUGAGAUACAUAGACCAAAUGUUUGCUACAGAAAAGUCCAUUAGAAACAAUAAAAUGCUUCAUGUACAGUAAUAGUCUUAAUUUUUCAUUGACUGUUUAAAUGUGACAGGCUUUAGACACGUCAAGGCCACCAGUGUUUAGAUGCAACAUUCCAAACCCAGCAGAUUUCAUAAAUAUUAGUCAAUCAAACUUUUAUGUACUUUGUCUAAUAUCAGUGGCAUCCCCAUAUUUUGUAAGAGCUUAAUAAUUUGUGUUGGAAGAGGGCAUGAAAAUUAAAUCUAAGAAGACAAGAGAUGCAUAAUGAAAAUGAUGGAAAAAAAAAACAUACUUCCCAAAAUAACUGUGUAUGCAUGUAUUGUAUGUAUGCAUGUAUUUGGUUAGUGUGUGUAUUUUUCCCCCUGACUUUUGAGAGCUGUAGAUGCUGGAGUGGACACUUUUUUUUAAUGCAUACUUGAUACCAUCUUCAGAAAUUUGUGUUUUAUUUUUUUUCUGGUGUGCUUUAAGCCAGAAUGAAAAAUUAUGAAUUGUAAAAUAAAUGUAUAGAAUUUUCUAUUUUUUUUAAAGAAAUGAGAGGUGGAAUUUUUUUUAAGAUGAAGGUCAUCACGUUAUUAUAAAAAGCAAUAAAGAAAAAAAAAGGAAUAAAAUAAAUUCUAAACUCCUUAAGCCAGGAAUAACGUAUGAAAUGUUAUUUACAUCCUCACAGGUCAGUUCUUGCCACACUACACGGUUUGAUCUUUUGUUGUAACUUAAACUAGUAGUUUACAUGAAAAACCACAAUGUAAUUUUGCAGGACAUGACAUCACUCCCAGCUGAAUCCAUUUCUGUAUACAUUAGGUGGCAAAAACUGAAUCUUAAUUAGAAAUCUUAAUUAUAAUUCAAUGUGUAGACAUAGGUAUAGAGAGUUUGUAAAAUAAUUACUAAAUAUAUUAGAGCUAAUAAAAAUGCCAAAUAACUAUGUUGACAAUUCAGGACAAUUAAUUAAGUUCUAAUUAAAUAACCCAGCUGUGAAUGCUGGUCAUAUCAAAUUAAGGCUGUAUAAAUGAAAAUCUGCAUAUUGUUCCUUUUGUUGUGAUGCAUGUUCUUGGAUCAGACCAUAAAUCACUUAGUCGACAUUUUUAUUAUCUGCUUUAUUUAACUUCAAAGUGGCCCACAAAUCAAAGUCAACACAAAGUCACCACCGUUUUCAGUGAAACUACAGACUUCAGGCACGCAGCUAUGUAUUCUGAGGGCCAUAAAUCAAAUAUGCACUUUUGGGCUCAAAUCAUUUUGACAACAAGCAUGCCAUAUUAGAUUUCAUGAGCUAAGACUGUGAAUCAUUGCUAAAAAGAAUAAGUCAUUUUUAUUACAGGGGACUCAUUUUGCUGUACCCCAUUUUUUGCAAAUGCAAUGUCAGAGGUCAAUCAACAAACAGAUUCUUUUACCGUUUUACUGCUCUGUGAAGGAGGAAUAUAACUUGCUCAACAAUAAUAUUUAUAAUAUUUUAAACGCUCAUUAAAAAUCAGAUCAACUUCUAAUUAUAAAAAACAAACAAACAUUUUAACAGAUUUAAUUGAAUAUCCUUCAUAAACACCAUUUAUUACACUAGCGGUGAAUACUGUAUAUCACUGUUAUUAUGUUUUUAAAGGCCUGACCUAAUUAGUCAAUGUUUUGUCAUGGGAUUUGCUGUUUAGAAUGCAAAUAACAGUGUUUCUGUUGUGUAUAAUUUCAACUGUAUUUUACAUUGCCAAGGACAAAAACACCUUUUUAAUACAGAAAAACAUACAAUAUUGUGCAUUCAAGGUGACGAUAAAACGGAUAUCAAUCAGCUUUAUAGCAGACACCAGCGUGUACUAUUUUACAUGAUCAGGUCAUUAAUACAACAGAGCAAUAAUAAGACAAUAAGCGCAUACCUGCAUGUUGUUGUUUCCCCUCUCAUGCAAGGCUUUUUCAGACUCUGCCAAGGUCCAAAAUUAACACUUUUAUAAUUAAAUUCGGUGCAAUUCUGUAAUGUGAUCUUGAGCUUGGCAAAGGCACUAACUAUAUUAGUAUUCUUUCCCCCCUCUUAAACAGAAAAUGCAAGUAAUCUGGCUUUGAUGGCUUAAUAAAUCAGUUACUUCAACAAAGUACACAUAUUUCUCCUAUAUGUAUUUCUACUAAUUAUUGCCAUUUAAAAAAAAAAAAAAAAAAAAAAAUUAAACAUGGUAGUUUAUUUGUUAUGAUAUGCUCAUGCUGUUCUUAAAAAUAAAUAAUUUCAAAAAAAUUAAAAUAAAUGUAAAACACAAUUUCAUGACAGAUAACCCAUAUUUAGGACUGAUACAUUUGAUCAAUGCAUUGGCAAAUGUAACAAAAACUUAAUUUUGGAUCCUGGCCAUAGCAAUGAUAUAUGCUCAUCUGAAGUUUUCCAAGUCCAUGUUUUAGUCAGGUUACUCAAAACAAAUCGGCUAAAAUCAUAAAGCUAUAAAUAUAAAUCUUAGACAGUCUUAUGAUGUAGAAUGGUUUAAACAAGCUCUUCACUCUUGAGAACAUUGAUUUAGGUGAGGCUACUUAAUUUGUGACCUCAGUUCACAAAAUGAGCCCAAAACAUUCAUGUCUUGUGUUGCAUAAGCCAACAAAGAGAAGAUAAAGGCAGCUUCUGUAAAAUUUUCUCUAGCGAGCUAAAAGUUGUUCAACACUGUAUGAAGUCUACUGUUUUUUUUUUUUUUAGCAUAAGUGGGGAGGUUUUAAAAUAUAUAUUUUUUAGUUGUUUCUAAUUAGGAGUGACUUAUUGUCAGUGAUCUGAUUUGGUGUCUACUAUAAGGAAAUGAUACUUGCAGUGCAGGUUAACUGGUGUUUAAGAUAAUAUUCUGUUCAUGUUUUGUACCUUAAUUGGCAUUGAUUUAUUUUGCGUUGAAGCUAAUGGUUAUGAAGCACUCAUUGAAGAUGUGUGAUUGUUAUGCGAGUGCUCAUCAGCUUUGUUGAAACAAAAUUAGACAAGAAUUAGAAUGCCAUAGAUUGUGUCAUAUCAAAGCUUUUAAAAUGGUAGCUUUUGCAAUCAAAGACCCACAAGUUCAUAAAAUAUGAGACAGUUCAAUGUGCUAAAUAUAUUUCGGUCAUGACAACUCUCGGAAAGGAUAGUAAGAAGCUUUAUUGAUCAAAUUAAAAAAGCAUAGGUUUGGUCUUGGUAGACUAGAAAUGCUAUGCUGCUGCUGCUGCUGCUGCUGCUGCUGCUGCUGCUGCUGCUGCGAACCAAGUAAACUUGCUUUGGCUAAAUGCACGGAUCAUAAAUAAAAGGAAACAUGCUGCUGCUGCUGCUGCUGCUGCUGCUGCUGCUAGAGUGAGAAGAAGAUCCCCCCAUAGCAGAUCUAGGCAGGUGGUGCUGGGGAGGUGGUGGGCUAGUAGAGGAUGUGGCGAGCAUGGAAUGUGUCACACGGUUCUUAUAAUUAGGACCUGAUAGGCUGGGAAUGCAAUUUUGAAUGAACCAAUUGAGCGACGAUAGAGUUUCAUGGCUGAACUGCUAAUUUGAAUGUGAACAUUUGUUGUACGUAUUGCCAGCAGUGAAUCUUUAUAAACAACUUAUACAUAAUGUAAAAGGUAAUGUGAGUUUUCAGUGCUACAUCUAAUGCAAUUAGUACAUACCUAAACAGUAAAUAACAAUAAUGAGACUACCUACAUUUAAUUAGUAAAGAUUUAAAGGGUUUUUAACGGAUAAAAGGUAAUCUGUGAGGUUCAGUUCACUGUUGUCUAUUUAGUAUCUAUGUUAGUUCUGAAAAUGAAAAAAAUGUAUAUAAACACAUUCCUAAGUCACCCUUAAUACAAAGCAGUGAAUUAUUAGUAUGGACAAAAUUAACAGUUAGUCAGAACCAUUUAUGAGCCCAAAUAUGUGCAAUUAUGAAACAUAAUAGGGAUGUGCAAUGGUAUUACAGUAACACAGUAGUUUUAUUCCUUAGGAUCAACUCAAAGACACAAACUAAGUGAGAUCUUUAGGUAAAAUAGCAGUGUAAGAUUUUUAAACUGGCACUAAGAUGAACAACAUCACAUGAGAAAUUGUGUAUGCAAAGAUGCUCUCUAUGUCUUUUUUAUUAACACAUUAGACCUAAAGCAUGAAGGUUUAGUUCCUAUGCGUGUGUAUAACACUGUGAUGCUCAUACAAAGUUUACUUUUGUGAACAUGCUUGCAUUGGAUUGGGAGGGAAGCCAUUGGUGUGACGUAAACAGGACGCUUGAUUCUGAACCCAUGUCUAAAGAACAAAUCACAUCUGUAAUGAAACUGUGAUGCUCACAAUGGCUAAAAGCUAUAGACAAUGUCAUUGUUGUGUGGCCUAAAACUGCUGGUAUGUUAUUCCUAGUCUGUGUUCCUAAUCUGAAUUGUGUUCAUGUAGCCCCAUUUCCUCCUUUCUUAUUUCUCACCGCUUUGUUCUCAGCAGCUCUCAUCAGAGCUUAAUUCAAUGAACUGCCGCACAUGGGUUACAUAACCUAUCUGCAGUGAUUUUGUAUUCUUACUUACUUGAUUACUUCUGUGCUUUGUUCAAAGAGUGUGAAUAGCCCUGAAAACAGGCCCAAAGUGCAAGUCUCUCAUGCAGAUCAAAUCUUUUCAAACGGGCGAAAGAAAGAAGAGUGAGCGUGCCGCAAGAUUGAUGUCACAUGCGGAUACGAGUCUGUUUGUGCAGUUGUACACUUGUUGGGUGUCUUGAAAUGUUUGAGUUCACUGUGAAGUGGAUAUGUCAGACUUAAAAACAUGACGUUUUAGAUUCCAUUCUGAUGCAAUGAUUUGGUUUAUUCCUGUUCCAGAACGCACAACGGUAGAUGUGAACAUAGCGUUAAAUGAAUAUGUCUUCCAUUAAUAUGGUGUUCCGUUUGUGACACGCACCAGAACACGGUUUCAUUUGAGUUUCGUCACAAUUCAAGGUAGCCAGUAAUGUGAACUGAAUCGAUCAGCCAAAAAUAGAAACCAUAGUAAAGCGAUCAUUUAAAGGAAUGUCUUUAAGUCUGAAUUUAUAAGAUGUAUGCAUUUGAAUGCUCUAAAUAUUUUCGUUGUAAAAUAUUUUUACUGCCUGCUAAUGUUGAAGCUAUAAAUAUUAUGCUGAUGUACAUUUUUAUAUGGAAACAUGAAAAUAUGGAUUUUUUCAUUAAAGCCUUUGUCUAUGA